UACAACAUCCCUUUGUGCUGAACGUCACCACUUCUUGUAGCAAACGUUGUGCGCAUAACAUGCUUUGAGGAGGCGUUCUUUGUGCCAUUGUUCAAUCAAGUAAAAACGAGAAAACGGAUAAAUGGACCGUGGGUCAAAGCGCAGGCAGGUGAAGCCUCUGGCUGCCUCUCUGCUGGACGCUUUAGAUUAUGACAGCUCAGAUGACAGCGAUUUCAAAGUGGGAGACGCAGAUGCCUCAGGGUCAGAGGGUAGUGCAAUUGGGAGUGAUGAGGAGGAGGAGGGGUCCAAGGAGGAAAGCGCUGCUGAGGACUCUGACAAUGACAGCGGCUCGGACAACAUCGGCUCUGCGACGGACGGCAUCGAUGAAGAACAGACCAAGGAGGUGACAGGUGACGACACCCCCACUGAGGAAGAGGAGAAGACCAAGGAACAGCAGCUGUCCUAUGACACUGGCACCACCACCACCACUAAAGACCCUGCUCCAUCAGGGGUGCCCAGGGGCCGACGGAAGAGAGAGGAGAAGGCCUCGGACACAGAGGCUGGGAGCGGAGGAAGCGGGAGUGGCACAGGUAGUGGUAAUGCGCAGGACGGAGGCUCAACAACGGCCGCCACACAGGAGCCCAAGAAGUGGAACCUGCGUCGGAACCGACCCAUGCUGGACUUCACCACCAUGGACGAGCUCAACGAGAUGGACGACUACGACAGCGAAGACGACAAUGACUGGAGGCCCGCCUCAGGCAAGAGAAAGGGCAAGACGGCGGCUGCCCAGAAAGGAGGGAGCGAGGGAGAGGAGGACGAGGAGGAUCACGACGGAGGGAGUGGUAGUGAUGAUGACGAUGACAACGAGGAUGACGAUGGUGGUGAUGAAGAUGAGAAUGAAGAAGGGAGCAGUAGCGACAGUGAUAAAGAGGUGAAGAAACCCAAUAGGAAAGUGAAGAGCAGCAGUGUGUUUGAUGAGGAGCUGACCAACGACAGCAUGUCACAGGGAAAGAGCAAUGAGGAUGCCUUGCUGGAGCGUGCCCAGACGUGGAGGGCGGCGGCCCAGAGGAUGGAACACAUCCUGAUCUGCUGUGUGUGUCUGGGAGACAACAGUGAGGACGCUGACGAGAUCAUCCAGUGUGAUAACUGUGGCGUGACCGUACAUGAAGGUUGCUAUGGAGUGGACGGGGAGAGUGACUCCAUCAUGAGUUCCGCCUCUGAGAACUCCACGGAACCGUGGUUCUGCGAUGCUUGCAAGAACGGAGUCACACCCAGCUGUGAGCUCUGCCCCAAUCAGGACGGGAUCUUCAAAGAGACUGACGCUGGGAGAUGGGUCCAUGUGGUUUGUGCGCUCUACGUCCCUGGAGUAGCGUUUGGGGACAUUGAUAAACUACGACCAGUGACUCUCACAGAGAUGAACUACUCCAAGUAUGGGGCCAAGGAGUGCAGUUUCUGCGAGGACGCCCGGUUCGCCCGGACAGGCGUGUGUAUCAGCUGUGAUGCUGGCAUGUGCCGAUCCUACUUCCAUGUGACCUGUGCUCAGAGGGAGGGGCUUCUCUCAGAGGCUGCUGCGGAGGAGGACAUAGCCGAUCCCUUCUUUGCGUAUUGUAAGCAGCAUGCGGACCGCUAUGACAGGAAGUGGAAGAGGAAGAACUACCUGGCGCUCCAGUCCUACUGCAAGGCAUCUCUACAGGACAAAGAGAAGCAGCUGGCCCCUGAGGCACAGAACCCCUGGCAGGCCCGUAUCACCACCCGGCUGCAGCAGUACCGGGCCAGGGCAGAGCUGUCCCGUAACACUCGGCCCCAGGCCUGGGUCCCCCGGGAGAAGCUUCCACGACCCCUGACCUCCAGCGCCUCCGCCAUCAGGAAACUCAUGAGGAAGGCCGAGCUCAUGGGCAUCAGCACGGACAUCUUCCCUGUAGACACAUCAGACAUCAGCGCAAGUGUGGACGGACGCAGGAAACACAAGCAGCCUGCCCUCACUGCAGACUUCGUCAACUAUUACCUGGAGAGGAACAUGAGGAUGAUUCAGAUCCAGGACAAUAUCUCUGAACAGAAGAACCUGAAAGACAAGCUGGAGAGUGAGCAGGAGAAACUGCACGUCGACUACAACAAGCUGUGUGAGUCUCUGGAGGAUCUGCAGAAUGUUAACGGAGUUCUGAGGAGUGAGGGCCAUGCCAUAUGGACCAUGUUGGGAGGAAUCCUAGGACAGAAACUGAACUCCCCGCCGGUCCUGAAAGCCCCUAAAGAGAGGAAGCCCAGCAAGAAGGAGGGAGGAGUUCCUGGGAAGUCCUCCAACCUACCAGCUGUCCUCUACAGUUGUGGGAUCUGUAAGAAGAACCAAGACCAGCAUCUCCUGCUGAUGUGUGACACUUGCAAGCUCUACUACCACCUGGGCUGUCUGGAGCCUCCGCUGACACGCAUGCCCAAGAAGACCAAGAACAGCUACUGGCAAUGUUCAGAGUGUGACCAGGCCAGUAGCGAUGAUGCUGACAUCGCCAUGGAGACGCUGCCCGACGGUACCAAGAGGUCUCGGAGACAGAUUAAAGGACCAAUCAAAUUCAUCCCUCAGGAGAUGUCCCCGGAGCCCAAGAAACGAGAUGUGAGGGGCACGAGAACCAGAGGGCAGAAGAGGAAGAGGGUGUCCAUCUGUGAAGAAGAGCAGUUUGAAGUGCAGGAACCUGCUCUACGUGAACGGCGUCAGCGUCAGUCUGUAAUGCAGAAGAAGACCCCUAAAGCCGACGACACCAGGACUGACUGUACCUCCUGCAAAGGACCCGGGGACAACGAGAACCUUGUCAGGUGUGAUGAGUGUUGUCUGUGCUACCACUUUGGCUGUCUGGACCCUCCCCUGAAGAAGUCUCCCAAGCAGACAGGAUACGGCUGGAUCUGCCAGGAGUGUGACACUUCCUCCUCCAAGGAAGAAGAGGAGGAGCGUGAGGAGGAUGAAGAGGACGAUUCAUUCAAAGAGGAAACGACAGAGCACAACAUCCCAACAGAAAUUCCCAACUGAAACAAAAACAACUGUGUGACCUUAUCUUUGAGCACAGUGAUAUUCAUGUUAUUGGUCAGCGGUCAGUCAGUGUCAUCAAUUCCACUUCAAAGAUCUGUAGGUAACAGGACAGUCUGUAAUGUCUCACAGUUUUACUGACAUUACUGCUCAUCUCUAGCCUGGUCCCAGAUCUGUUUGUGCUGGUUUGCAGCUAAUGACAACACAAACAAGAUGGCAUCAACAGAUCUGGGAUCAGGCUAACACAACUUUUCUCCUCAGUAAGAUAUGGGACAGAGUACAGAGGUACUAACCACAUUUGUUUUGUAGCCAGAGGAACAGUAUAUUUUAGAGUAGAGAAUGUAUUUGGUAAAGAAUGUACCGUGGAAUCUUUUAGAGGGAAUUCAAGUCAUAGUAUAUAUUUUCAAAAAGGACAGAUCUGAAGCCUCACUCUCGCUAUGGUAACUGGAGAUGAGGUCGCUGACGUGCAGGUUUUAUCAUAGAAAUAUACAAUCUAAAAUCUAUGGUAACUGGAGAUGAGGUCGCUGACGUGCAGGUUUUAUCAUAGAAAUAUACAAUCUAAAAUCUAUGGUAACUGGAGAUGAGGUCGCUGACGUGCAGGUUUUAUCAUAGAAAUAUACAAUCUAAAAUCUAUGGUAACUGGAGAUGAUGUCGCUGACAUGCAGGUUUUAUCAUAGAAAUAUACAAUCUAGAUUGUGUCUCUAUGGUUUGUAUAUAAGAUCUUCAUGAAACAGCUCCUCAAUGUAUGCUGACUAAGAAGGUUUUUAUUCGGGGGAGUCCAGUGUUAGAUUUCUGUUUUCAGGUGCAUCUGUCCGUGGCGGUAUUUUGCAGCAGAGAUGAAAUCAAAUAUAAAACCCAGAGAAAGUAUCUGGAUGGACCAGACCAGUCAGACUGUUAGAGGAUAUGAACCUGCUUAUGAACCUGACCAACCAAACAUUUUCCUUCAGAUCUAUUUUCAUACACUAAUCAUUAUACAGUAUGGUGUUCACACUAUCCUCAGUAGCCUGCUCCCAAACCUGGGAUCAUACUAACUCCUCAAUGCCCUGUUUACAUACACGGUAUGUGAAGUGUUCAGUGGGGUCGAAUAUUUCUUAUACAAUCUCUCAUCACCUUUGAAUUGAAACUCUAUUUUCUGUACGGCAUGGGAACACCACGGUCUUGUAUCGCCAGUUUUAAAACGUUUUUGUUGGUGCUAUCUGGUCUUCUCUCUAUGGAUUGUCAUGACCUCUUUUUUUUUUUAAUGAGUUUAGUUUUUAUGUGUGUAUGCAUUUAUGUUCACACUGUCUGACAUGUCAGUAACCUCAUACACAUGGUGUGGCCCGUUCGGUGGCACAAAUCCAUUUCAAGUCAGCUAUCCUCUUUGUUUGUGGCUGCACUACAAGUCAAAGGAAACAAACUCUGGCUUAUAACCCAGGCUGUCCAGGAACUACAACACAAGUCAACACGUUGACUUACCUGUUUAAGUGCUGCCAAUGUAUCAUUGUAUGUUUUGAUUUGACAAUAAAGCAACAAGGGAAAGGGUCAUGUAUUUUUGGGGGGAUAUGCAUUUGCUAAGAGUAUGUAUUUAGAUACUUUGUAAAUGUUAAAGUGCCAAUAAACUUCAAUUCCACAACAA